GAACUUCAACGAGGGCCCGUUUACAAUAGCGGUAGGAACCAAAAACGCUCUUGAUGUAGUUUCGUUCCGGACGGUUUUAUUGGUGGGACACAGAAAAACACACGCGAGCUGUUUUGUUGUUGACAGCUGAUAGCUGAAGAUAAUACUUUGUGAACUCAAAAUGACGAGGUGGGCCCGAGCGAACAAUGUCCAUAAACACAAAGCAGCAGACGCCACACCAUGGAAGCAGCUGAAGGCGAGAGAGAAAGCUGGAGAAGCAAGCGCUGGUGGCCGACACCUCAAGCACGGACCAGGCGUAAAGAGACACAACCCCAAAAAGAAGAAACAGGAGCAUCACAGUGACGACGUGAACGGGUUUCUGGAGUAUUUAAAGCAGACCGGUCAGACGCCUGGAGACCAGGAUCUGAGAGAAGAAGUAGCAACUGCACUGAAGAAAGACGAGAGACGAGAGAACAGACGGAUAAAGAGACAAAACACCAAAAAGAACAAUAUGAUCUGCUUCAACUGCCGGAAGCCUGGUCACGGUCUCGCUGACUGCCCAGAGGCGGAUAAAGAUGAAGAGAUGGGCCGCGGGAUCUGUUAUCGGUGUGGUUCUACCGAACAUGAGAUCCACAGAUGUCGUGCUAAAGUGGAUCCUGCCAUGGGUAAUUACCCAUAUGCCAAGUGUUUUAUCUGUGGUCAGACUGGACAUCUGUCCAAAGCCUGUCCUGAUAACCCAAAGGGACUGUAUUCUGCAGGCGGUUGCUGUCGGGUUUGUGGUUCAGUGGAGCACUUUCAGAAAGAUUGUCCUGAACACCAGAACUCAACUAAUUCCAUCACCCUCGGCCGGCUGUCCAAUCGAAUCAGCGCUGACCACGAGGACGUCCAUGUGCCUGUGAAGAAAGCACAAGCCAAAAAAGACAAGGUGGUGGUGUUUUGAUCCACAGCGGAUUGAGGAGAAAUAUAGAAAUGGACUAUUUAACUGAUUGUUGCAAUUUAGAUUUGGUUUCUGCAGUCAUGAACUCACCAAUGAUUCACUGAUAACCUCGGAUGUUUGUAGACACAAACAGAAGUGUGAGACCAUUUACUUGCUAUUAAAGGUCCUCGUGAUGAAGUUGCCUGAGACUUAUGAUCAUCACAUAUGUGCCUGACUUGGAAAUGUACAUUUUAAUUAUGAAUCAUGUUCGUUCUCAUUUAUAUGUGACCCUGGACCACAAAACCAGUCUUAAGUCGCUGGGGUGUAUUUGUAGCAAUAGCCAAAAAUACAUUGUAUGGGUCAAAAUUAUCCAUUUUUAUUUUAUGCCAAAAAUCAUUAGGAUAUUAAUUAAAGAUCAUGUUCCAUGAAGAUAUUUAGUGAAUUUCCUACCAUAAAUAUAUUAUAACAUAAGUUUUGAUUAGUAAUAUGCAUUGCUAAGAACUUAAUUUGAACAACUUUAAAGGUGAUUUUCUCAAUAUUUAGAUUUUUUUUGCACCCUCAGAUUCCAGAUUUUCAAAUAGUUGUAUCUCAGCCAAAUAUUGUCCGAUCCUAACAAACCAUACAUCAAUGGAAAUCUUAUUUAUUCAACUUUCAGAUGAUGUAUAAAUCUCAAUUUUGAAAAAUUGACACUUAUGACUGGUUUUGUGGUCCAGGGUCACAUAUGCUCAAGAAAGAAAAGAGAAUUUGAAAAGCAGCAUUUAUUUACAAGACAGUUUAUACUCCUUUUUUAAAAGAGUGUUAUAUAGUGUGUUUUCUGUAUUAGCCACAUUGCUUUUGACCGUCUAGUGGUAAAAAAAUAAAGCUGCAUGCGUAGUGCAGAAAAACA